AUGGCACUUCUCAGCAACUUCUUCCUUUGGUUUUUCUGCUUAACGUUGCUGUGUUUUCCUAUUAGUCUUGGUUCUCAAGUUUCGAGAGGAGAAGCUCGGGCGGCGGCUGGAGCUGAGUCGGAAUCUGUGGCUGAGCCUUGGUCAUUGCUGCGGCCUCCAGAUGGAAGAGACAGAUCUGGCUUCCUUUCUCCUCUUUUCAAGGUUCUAUAUGAUGGGCAAGGUGGCACGCCUAGAGCUUUGCGCUACAUGAAGAGGCUCUAUAAGGCCUGUGCUACCAAGGAGGGGAUCCCUAAAUCCAACAGAAGCCCUCUUUACAACACUGUUCGACUCUUCACGUCCUGUGCCCAGCACACGCAGGCUCCUGGGGACCAGGCGACAGGCUCUGUUCCACCUGUGGACCUGCUCUUUAACCUGGAUCGUGUUCCUCCCGUUGAACACUUACUGAAGUCGGGUUUGCUGUACUCUUUCAGCAAUUCCAUUUCUUUCCCCUCUGCCGUUAAAUGUCUGUGCCACCUGGUGAUCAAAGAGCCAGAGUUUUCUAGCUGGACCCCCCAGAGAGCUCCAUCCUUAUUGACCUUUAACUCACAGUUUGAAUUGAAAAAGAAAUACAAAUGGUUUGAGGUUGAUGUGACCACUGCUCUCCGGCCUCUAGUGGCCUUGCACAAGAGAAGUCUUCACAUGUCUGUAAAUUUUACCUGUGUGAGAAACCAGCAGCAGGAUCCUGUGGCACAGGAUGGGCCGUGGAAUAGGACGCUGCUGGUACCCCCAUCCCUGCUUUUAUAUCUGAAUGACACAAGUGCUCAGGCUCAUCACAGGUGGGAUUCCCUUCACUAUAAAAGGAGAUCUUCACAGAGGGCUGACCAGAAGGGAGGUCUGUCUGCCUGUCCCAUAGGAGAGGAAUCGACUGAAGGUGGAAGAUCUUCCCGUCACCGGAGAGGUCAGGACACCGUCAGCUUGGAACUGCACAAGCCUCUGGCUCCCGCUUCUUUCAAUCUGAGUGAAUACUUGAAACACUUUCUUUUCCCCCAACACGAGUGUGAGCUCCACGACUUCAGGCUGAGCUUUAGUCAGCUGAAGUGGGACAACUGGAUCGUGGCCCCGCACAGAUACAACCCUCGAUACUGUAAAGGGGACUGUCCAAGGGCAGUUGGACAUCGAUAUGGCUCGCCAGUGCACACCAUGGUGCAGAACAUCAUCCAUGAGAAGCUCAACUCGUCAGUGCCAAGACCAUCGUGCGUACCUGCCAAAUACAGCCCUCUCAGUGUUUUGACCAUUGAGCCAGAUGGCUCAAUUGCUUACAAAGAAUAUGAAGAUAUGAUAGCCACUAAGUGCACUUGUCGUUAA